GUGUGGCCAGUUGUAGAUUAAAACCAAAUGGCAGCACGAUUGAUAGCGUCUUUUUCUGUCAAGAUUUUAUUGAAUCACAUUUGCUUAGUUCGUUUCUUGCGUACAAAAUAUUAAAUAAUACAAAGUUCUCCGAAAAAUAAGUGAAUAUUGAUUUGGAACCAUGGCGGCUGCACUAAGAGGUGUUUUUCCAUCAACAUUACAGGAAAGUGUCCAAAACUCAAAAAUAUUAGUGGUUGGAGCCGGUGGAAUCGGUUGCGAGAUACUGAAAAAUCUUGUCUUGUCGGGAUUUCCUGAUAUUGAAAUUAUUGACUUGGAUACCAUAGAUUUGAGCAAUCUCAAUAGACAAUUUCUAUUCCAUCGGGAACAUGUUGGAAAAUCUAAAGCGCAGGUGGCGCGCGAGAGCGCUUUGCAAUUCAAUCCGGAUGUAAGAAUCCAAGCAUAUCACGAUAGCAUUAUGGCCACCGAAUAUGGCGUAAAUUUUUUCAAGAAAUUCGACAUUGUCUUAAAUGCCCUUGACAAUCGCGCUGCUCGUAAUCAUGUCAAUCGGAUGUGUUUACAUGCGGAGGUGCCACUUAUAGAGAGUGGAACUGCUGGUUAUAACGGACAAGUGGAAUUAAUCAAAAAAGGAUUAACUCAGUGUUAUGAGUGCACACCAAAAGCUAAACAAAAAACUUUCCCUGGCUGUACUAUACGGAAUACACCUUCUGAACCUAUUCACUGUAUUGUAUGGGCUAAACAUUUGUUCAACCAAUUAUUCGGUGAAAGUGUUGAAGAUGAAGACAUAUCACCUGAUAUGGCUGAUCCUGAAGCUAAUGAAACUGGGGAAGGAGAGGAAAAAGCCAACGAUAAAAAGGGACAACCUAAAUCUAUCCCUGAAACUGAGACAGGGAACGUAGUUCGUGUUAAUACACGUCAAUGGGCAAAGGAUUCUAACUAUGACGCUGCUACACUAUUUAAUAAGUUCUUCUAUGAUGAUAUAAAAUACUUGUUAUCCAUGUCUAAUUUGUGGAAGGAAAGAAAAGCACCAACACCUUUAAAAUGGGACAAUGUUUUAGUGAAUCAAGAUAAUGGUGAGAAAGAAGUAACAGCUGAUGCCUCAAAGGAACCCACACGGCAAUAUCAUAAAGUCUGGUCACUAGCAGAGUGCGCCAAUGUAUUUGCCGAUUGCGUAAAGAAACUUAGUACAGGCUUCUUAAAAUUGGGCGAAGGUGAAACGCUGGUGUGGGACAAAGAUGACCAACCUGCUAUGGAUUUUGUUGCAGCUUGUGCUAAUAUACGAGCAUAUAUAUUUGAAAUUGGACGAAAAUCGCGUUUUGAGGUAAAGAGCAUGGCUGGGAAUAUUAUUCCAGCUAUUGCUACCACCAAUGCAAUAACCGCUGGGGUAGUAGUUUUGCAAACUUUUAAAGCUUUGCAAGGUGAACUAGAAAAGUGUAAGUCUGUCUACAUGCGUUUACGUCAAAAUCCGCGUCAGCAGCUAUUAGUACCGGAAAAGUUCCUAACUGCACCGAAUCCAAACUGCAUAGUUUGUUCUUCGGAACCAGCCGUACAUAUUCGAAUCGACACCAAACGUAUGCGUAUAAAGGACUUCCGUGACGAAGUUCUCAUUAAAACUUUAAAUAUGGUUAAUCCGGAUGUGGUGGAACCAAAUAAGGGUAUUGUGGUUAUAUCUUCCGAAGAAGGCGAGACCGAGAGUAAUGAAGAGAAACUCAUGUCGGAGAUGGGUAUCGUUGAUGGUGUUAUACUCAAAUGUGACGAUUUUUUUCAAAACUACGAACUUGAUGUUAUCGUUAUACAUUUUGAUUCAGAACGUGACGAGGCAUUAUUUGAAGUAGCUUCCGAAAGUAAUCAAAUAAAACAAAAAGGAGAGGAAACACCCUUAAAAGAGAGUAACGGCGAAAAAAAAUCCCAAACAAACGAAGAGUACGAUGAAGCUGCCGGUCCAUCCACCUCUAAGAAGAGUCGCGUGACAGAAGUUGUGGAGGACGAUGAUGAUUUAUGCUUAAUUGAAGAUGACGAAGAUGAAGCUACUGUUGAAGAUAAGGUUGUCGCCGCUACCGAUAAGUUGACCGUUAGUGUUAAAGAAACAACACCUAUACACCGUUCUAACAAACGCAAACCGUCAUCGUCAUUUCAUGAUGAUAUCACCGAGAUUAAAGAUUCAGAUGACGAUGAAGAAGGCCCAACAGAGUCUAAGCGCCAACGUCGUAUCUCAAGCAAAGAUGUGAUUGAAGUUAUUAAUAUUGAUUGAAUAUUUUACAAUAUAAACUUAUAUGCGUUACCGUGAAAAACCUACAAUGCAUUUAUAAAGUGUUUGAUUGAAAAUUUAGUUUUUUAUUUUAAAUUAAUAUAAUUUAUUUAUUAUCAUUCUCACUUUAUAUCUCAGCAGUAACAAUUAAAACAUCAUUUUCACAUGUGAUGCAAAUUCAAACAGUCUCAAC